AUGGCCGCCCCCGAGCCCGACUACUAUGAGCUCCUCGGUGUCCAGCGCGGCGCCACGCUGCAGGAGAUCCGCGCCGAGUUCCGCAAGAAGGUCUUGGCCGAGCACCCGGACAAGGGCGGAGACCCCAAGAAGUUCCAGCUCCUGAACAAGGCCUACAACGUGCUCACGGAUCAGGACAAGCGUCGCCGCUACGAUGCCACUGGCCGCACGGACAGGACUGCCGAGGAGGAGUUCGCAGAGUCAUUCGGUGGCGGCCGAUUGCAGAAGGAGGGUCGAAGCAAAGAGGCGGACGAGAAGGCGGUGGUGAACAUGGAGGAGCGCAUCUCGAAGGGCCCUCAGGGCGAGCACGAGGAGGGUUUCGCAGAGUGGCUCCGCCAAAGGGAUCAGCAGGAAAUGGUGAUGACGGACAAGGACUUCAUGAAGACAGCGCUGUUCAACGCCGCUGAGAUGACGCGGCAGGUGAAGCACAGUGGGCUGGUACAGCACGUGCUGGGCUCGCCGAAGACCGACGCCUACGGCCAGGUGCUGGGUGGGGCGGUGCAAGUACAGUCGAAGCCCCGUCCGGUGAAGAAGUCCAUUGACCACGAUGAGAUUGUGAUCCGCAUGUUGGCCGUGCCGGUGGAUGACUCCAUGGUCUACGCGGAGCUGAACAAGUCGGGCGUCUGCCUGGGCAUGACUGGUGUGGGCAAGGUCGAGCAGCUUGGCGCACGAUGCGAAGAGCUGAAGGAGGGUACGGCAGAGCCUUCUCUUACCUUCUGCCGUCUGGUCGAUGUCGAUCUCCGCCUAUGA